AUGAAUAUUGUAAUCGUGAAUGAGGAAACAAAUGAGCUUCUGGAAGAUGGUGUCGAAGGUGAGAUAUGGAUUGCUUCUUCUGCAAGCAAUGCAUUGGGCUAUUUGAGUCAUCCGUUUUUAACUCAAGAAGUUUUUCAGAGUAGGUUGAAAGGAAGAUUCAGCCAUGAACGUUUCAUUAGAACAGGUGAUAGAGGAAUCAUUAAAGGCGAUGAAAGAUUCCUGUAUGUGACAGGUCGUUGCUCGGAUAUCAUCAAACAUGGAAACAUGGUGGAAACUCACGCUCAUUAUCUGGAGACUGCAGCGUUCGAAUCUUGUGUGAGGUUUCUACGUGGAGGGUGUAUUGCAGCCUUUGAUGUUCAUGGGGAUACAACUGCCAUUGUUGCAGAGAUGCAGAAGAGUGGUGAGGAAAACGAAGGUAUGUUUAGAGGAAUAUGUGAAGGAAUAAGAGGGUUUGUUAUGAAGGAAGAGGGUAUUCAUGUAGGGGUUGUUGCCCUAGUGAAGAGUGGAAGUAUUCCAAAAACGACGUCGGGAAAGAUACAACGAUGGCUUGCUAAAGAAAGAUUAUUGAGUGGAAAAACGGAAGUGCUGAUGGAGAUGAAGUUUAGUAAAGAAGAGGAUGAAGAAUUCAAGAAAUCUUUCCUGAAAAAUCUUAUGAUUGAUAAGAGGGAAAGUAAAAAGGUUGUAUUAUACAGUAAUUUAUGA